UCAGAAGAUGCUGCAUAAGAUAAACCCAGUGAAAAACAUGGGUGCAGUGAGCACAAUUAGGGAACACUGUAUCAACAUUCGUGGUCCCAGACUAUUUCAACAUCUUAUCAAAAGAUAUCAGAAACUGCUGGAACAAGUGUAGAAAUCUUCAAGAGGAAACCAGAAAAGUAUCUUCACCUGGUGCCAUAUCAACCAGGCUGUGAUGAAGAUACAGGGCUGCGGGCCAUCAGCAGUAACAGUUUAGUUGACAAUGCAAGCACCAGACGAGCCUGGCCCAUUGGCCGGGCUCCGGGAGUAGGAAAACUCUCGGAACUCAUCAAAGGUAAAGGUAGGUGAUGAGGGUGAUGAGCAGAUAAUGUGCGAUAGAUUACCUGAGCAGCCGACGAGGGGGGGUACAGGUGAACCAGGAUAGGUCACCUGGUUCAGGUGAUCACCUCUCACAAAUCUUUCGCGAAUACUGCGCCAACAGAAGUAGUUGAAUAGUGGUUUCCUUUUCGUGGUACGGCGGUAAAGAACUCGUAGAUGCCAGACAGGUUGUAUCCGCAUAGUGUACUGCCUACAAAAGGGACGAGAAAGCGCAAUUUGUGAAGCUUUCGUUGGGACAUCGUUUCGCCCCUUUUUAGAGCUUUGUCAAGUUUCAAUGUGAAGAGCUUUAUGAAGUUAUGUUUCGCUGUGUAUAGCUUAAUCAUGCUUCGCCCUGUGAAGAGCUUUAUCAAGCUGAUAAUUUAGGUGCUUAACUGAGUUUAUACGAGACGUGAAAGAUCUCUGUACAUUAUCCAGCUCUGCUGUUACGCCUGUCUUGAAGGGGACAGUCAGUAUGCAACAAUAUUCCAGCCUAGAGAGAACGAGUGACCUGAAGACUGGUACCGUUCUUUGGCAUCUCCUGAAAGUUAUAGUUAUCCAACCUAUCAUCUUCCUUGCAGAUGCAACAACAACAUUUUUGUGCUCCUUGAAUGUGAGGUCUUCUGACAUUAUCAAUCCCAGGUCUCUCACAUUUAACUUAGUCUGUUUUGAGUGGUUUAAGGUUGUCUUGUACUCCGAUAAUUUUUUGGUACGUUAUGGGAUAAAGGGGUAUAGACAUGUGACAUACUGAAAAUACGUCUAGUCUUUCCACAAGCAAGGUCAGCAGAAUAUACACAUUAAAAAAUUGAAUUACGUGAUUUAUUUAAGUGUUUCCACAAUGUGGAAACUGAAAUAUGUCCUCAUUAAACAUCAGAGGAAGACUUGGUGGAUAUUUGCCUGGAGGCUCGUUGUGUCUUCCACGGAUGUCAUUCUCAUGUAGAUUCUAGUAUUAUCUACAAAGUAUGAUACAGCGUUACGGUUUCUAACCCUGUUUGUGGUAGAUAAAAAAUGAAGAAGAGAUAUCUGUCGUGAACGUUUACAUCGUUUAACAUAAAUGUGAAAGCUGUACAAAUUGCUUUUGUUUCUAGCUAGCUAGGUUGUUGCUAGCUAAGUUGAGAGCAGCAUCCUCAGGUGUGUGUGUGUGUGUAGCAACACGUCCCUACCCCCCGAGGAUGUAUCAGCAGUGUGGGCAUCUCAUCCCCUUACAUCCCCGAGGCACCAAAGUGGGUAGCGCCUCCCCUUUAACCCCCCCUGGGGCAUCAGAGUGGGCAACCCGCACAUCGUUUAACCUGCUCCUUGCCCUCACACAGUCCACCCCACCCACCGGAAGAGCAGGCAGAUCCCAGCACUAAACCACGCUUCUCUAAGGCAUGGGCGACCUGUGGUACCAGCCCACAGCUAGACCGACCCAUGGAACACCGGAGUAUCUCUUAAACCUUAAGUCGGGGGCAUGUAGGGGUGACGUGAACGCCUAGAGGAGGCGUGGGUUGUGCCUGCGUGGCGCGGGUGAGGGUUCACAAGCAGCGUACAGUGUUAUGUUGCGGUGUCAGUCAGCGUGGACUACUGUGUACCACCCCCAAGCAGCGACGACCAUGACACAGGCUCAACCUGCUGUCGUCCUGCAACUUCUAGUUGUCGUUUCCGACGACUAGCUUCUCCUCCCCUCCCCCCUCCCCCUCCCCCCCUGCAGGUCUCGUAGGGAGGAGAGUGCUGGGGGAGGCAGGAGUGUGGGGUCGGGGGAGCGACCCCUGGGGAGGGGAGGGGAGGGGCGAGCGUGUGGUCCCAGACAGUAGGUGGCGAGAGGUUCACACGCUGCUCGUGGGAACACCGCCGCUCACACACUCGCACACACACGCACACAUGUACGCCGCACGCACACGUGUACGCCAAACACACACACGUGUACGCCACACACACAUACACACACACACACCUCCAUCUAAAUACAGUAAACUCCUAACUACAUCGACCUUACGAAGCACUCUGAAGGAGGCAACAGCACACACAGACACAUGAACCGUGCCGAGCAGAGCAGCACAUAGGGGCCAGCACCUGGGUGUUAGGAGCCGAGCGAUCGUACGUCUGGCGUUGCCUGAAGCACCCCCCGGCACACGGUCGUAUAUGAACGGGACAGUCGGCCGGCACACGACACUACCCAGCACACCAGCACCCUGCACACACGCACCGCGUGCGUCCACACACACGCACGCACGUGCAUGCAUCCCGCACUGCCUCACGCUCAGGAUUACACCCACUACUUGUUGACCCAUUAUAGUGCCUUAGUUAAUCAAGUGCCUGUGCCAUAGUGCCAAGAACCAUACCAGAUAAUUCUCGCAUAUAUUGUGCCUCCCCUAGCGAGGCGCUAGGGGGUCCCUGGAAGUGUUAUAUGAUUGUGAGAGGUAGAGGGACGUUCAGGGGCGACCUGCAGCAGCAGGGUGAGCAGGAGGCAGCAGCAGGGCCUUCCACGCCUCUGCUGCACCACCACCACCACCACCACCAGCAUCAGCAGCAUCACCAGCAGCAUCAUCAUCUCCCACACCAGCCUCCCACCAGCGCCAUGAAGCGGUCUCUCAGCGAGAGUGAAGGAGAUGACAUCUACUCAGCUGAUGAGAAGGACGGUGAAGACUGUUCCUCCAGCGGUGGAGGCGGUGGUGCCUCCAGGAAGAGACGGCGAGGCAUCAUAGAGAAGCGACGGAGAGACAGGAUCAACAACUCCCUCUCCGAGUUACGACGACUGGUACCAGCUGCCUUCGAGAAGCAAGGAUCAGCCAAGCUGGAGAAGGCUGAGAUCCUUCAGAUGACAGUGGACCAUCUCAAGAUGCUGCAUACUAAAGGUUUAGAUGCGCUGGCUUACGACCCUAACAAGUUUGCUAUGGACUACCACAACAUUGGCUUCCGCGAGUGCGCGGCGGAGGUAGCGCGCUAUCUUGUCACCAUCGAGGGCAUGGAUAUCCAGGACCCGCUACGUCUGCGCCUCAUGAGUCACCUGCAGUGCUAUGCAGCGCAGCGCGACCUGGCCAACAAGCAGGCCGCGUCCUCCUGGGGAUGGGGUUCCCCACAGCCUGCGCCUGCGCCCCCUUCUACGUCCUACCCAUCCGGGUCUUCCCUGGGGGGAUUUCAAGGGCAUGUUCUGCCUUCCCCUCACGGGGCAGCCCACCACCCAUCCCCCGCACAUCACGCCCCCAGCGUGGGGCUAGACCAGAGCCACGGUAUGUCCGCCUUCAGCGCCCCCUCCUCCAGCGGGGAGGUGGGCACCUCUGGCUGCAGCCUCGGAGGAGGAGGGCAGGUGCCCCGGCUGCCCACCACAGGAGCGGGGGCACCUCAAGUGCCCUCCGUCACCAUGAGCACUGCCUCCACGCCCCACGCCAACUACCAUCUCAACCUCAACGCCCACACCUUCCCCGCCAACGCACCCACCAACCUACCCAACCUUAGCCUCUCCGGCAACACCGGAAGCCUCAACCCCGCAGCUUACAACCCCGGUGGGUUGCAACCUCCAGGCACGGGAGUCAAGCCUUAUAGACCCUGGGGUGCUGAGAUAGCUUAUUGAAGCCCACAGCACGCCCACGCCUCACUGUAAUAUUUUAUCUCUGCCAAAGCACUGUAUAUAUAAGUCUCACGAGGUGUGUGUGUGUGUGUAGCGAGAGAGAGAGAGAGAGAGAGAGAGAGAGAGAGAA